AUGCCGACCCAAAUCGCAUCUCCCAUCCCGAUCGCCCCCGGCCGCCGGGCCCUUCACCUGGUCAUGCCGCAAGACCUCUUCGCGAGCCUCAACGCAACCCUGUCAGACAAGUCCAACCAGCUGGUGACGCCGUCCCGCGCCAUUCAGGAGAACGAUUACACCGUCCCGGCGCCGCCACCACCGAGCCCUGUCAGCUUCCGGCCCGAUCACUGGUCCACGGCAAGUCGCCGCUAA